UAUUUUGAAGGCGAAAUAGAUCGGUUUCCGGGUGCUUCUGUUUUACUUCAUGCUGCUUCCUGUUGUCCGGCCUGGAAGCUGAGGGAGCGUUCGUUUGUUCGUUUCUCAACACGGGGAUAGAAUAGGCGGGCGGUAAAAACAAAUUUUAAAAAAACAGGUACUGUGGUGAGUGACAGUUUGGACGUUGUUUUAUUUUCUCUGGACAAAAUCCAGUGAAAUUGGAAAUAAUCUCGGUCCAUUAUGUGAAGAUUUAUUAUCAUAAACCUGUAAUUUCCUACUUGCACCAUGAAGGUUAAUGACGUCUGAGUCCAGGCUGGAAAGAUGAAUCCCAGUUUAGCCUGGUCCCAUGGGAAUAUCGGAGGGGACGGUUCAGGGUCUUACACCCCUCCCUCCCUCCCCCUGCCCUCUGUGCGCACUCGGGACGCCUGUGGAAUCAGUGCGGGUGAAACCUUUUCCCCAGCAGCCAGUGGAAAAAAGAAACUUGGAAUACUAAGGAAUAGAUUUUGGGAAUACUGGAUCUCCAAGAAGGAGAAGAAGAAAAAGGGGGAUGACGUUAGAAUGAAGCAGCUUUGUCGCCAAGAAGACUCGGAUUCCCGCGGAGGUCCGGAGUGAUCUCGUCUUCUCCCUGCUGCAGGAAUACCAUGGGAAUAUUGGAGUGAUUUUUUUUCUUCUUCUUUCUGGUCUGAGGGAGCGGACGGGAGGGGGGAGUGGGGAGGGGGGGCUCAAUGCGGCUGACUGGCGACCCGGCUGCACCGAGAACCAUGAGCAGCGGCGGGUCGGGCAACUUCCUGCUGGUCCCCAUCCCGGAGUACCCUCCUCUGCUGGACUGCGUCCCCAACAAGACGGUGAAGAUCGUGGUGCUGGGCGCGAGCAACGUCGGGAAGACCGCUCUGAUCGUCAGGUUUCUGACCAAGAGGUUCAUCGGGGAUUAUGAAGCAAACACCGGAGCGCUCUACUCCAGAAAGGUCACCCUGGACGGGGAGGAGGUGUCGCUUCAGAUCCAGGACACCCCCUGCGUCGCUCUCCAGGACGACGCUGAGGGCCUGUACUGCCAGGAGCAGAUCAACAGGUCGAUCUACUGGGCCGACGGCUACGUGCUGGUUUUCUCCAUCACGGACCACAACAGCUACCGGACCAUCCAGCCACUCUACCAACACGUCCGGCGCAUCCACCCGUCGGGAAACAUCCCGGUCAUACUCGUCGGCAACAAGAGCGACCUGCUCCGCGCCCGGCAGGUGCCCGCGGACGAAGGCGAGACGUUGGCGGCUUCGUUAGGAGGAGUUUACUUCGAGGCCUCGGCCAGAGAAGACCACGAGGGAGUCCACGGUGCCUUCCUGCAUCUCUGUCAGGAGGUGAUCCGAGCACUGGGGGGAGGCAACGGGGAGAAGAGGCGGGGCGGCCUCCACCUGGCCAGACCCAAAUCCCCCAACAUGCAGGAGCUGAAGAGGAGGUUCAGGCAGGUCCUCUCCUCCAAGGUCAAGUCGGCCACCACUCUCUGACCACGGGACGGCGACCCCAAAACAAACAAGAUGGCGGCAAGGCACGUGGCACGUAUACACAAAGAGGAUUGAUUUUUUUUAAGGACAGCUGAAGAAAAGAGGCCAAGUCGACGUCUUCACAUGGAGACAAAGAGCGAAUCGAGUUUUCCGGCAGCGAGUCUCGAGUCAACGCGACCUCGUCCCGGGCUCAAGUACAACAGGAAGGAGCGGACACGUCACACAAAAACGUUGAACAGGAUGAAACGUGUCGCCGUGUUCAACCGUGAGGGAUCUUCACUGACCGUCUUCGAUCCUCCGACGCAAUUCAUGUCUCAGUUUUCUUGAGGCCUAAAAGUGAAUCAAAGAAUUGCUGAUUUCACCCAGUCAACCAAUUGUCAAGGAAACAGAAGACGUUUGUUACAAAUUCAGAAUUGUUAUUUUUUUCGUCUUUCUUUAUGGAACUAUAACUGACGGACGCCAUAAAUUGACGAUAUCAAAUUAAACGAAACGCGAGUGUCUGUCCCCUUGUGUCGCAGAGCGCCGAUAAUGACAACAUAUGUCUGGACCAAAACAGGAAAUGACCCGGAGACGAACGCCGACAUAUGACGACAGGGAGCGAGGAGGAGCAGAACGAGGCAGAGGGGCAAAUAUGGAAGAAAUAAUAAAAACGCAAUUAGACUCAAA